CACUACUAUAUAACAAAUAAUUUGAGCAGCUAGAAUGUGAAGCAAAACAGUAUGAUCUAUGGCAUGGACUUCAGUUUACACGCUAUCCUGUUCUUUUCUUGUCAUUGUUUGUAGCCUCGAAACCUGCUCACUCUCCUCCAAACAGUAUCCUGAGUUAGAAUUGAAAAAUGCAUCAAACUAUACGAGAAACUGUCCACUGAUUUCAGUGGCAUCAGAACAGAUAUGUAUCAAAGAGUUUUGUAGAAUAGUUGAAGCAAGAAAUGACUGUUAUGGUAAUGCUAUCCAGUUACUAAAAGAUGGUACGGGAUUUAUAUGCUACAUUUUACAGUUACACAGCUGCCCCGGGUCAUCUGGCUGUCAGUUUGAAAAAAGGGUUGGGUCCAAGAUUCUUCUUUCAGACAAUUUCAAAAAACCUGAAGAGUAUGAUGUAGUGUGUCCAGAAAUGCACCGUUGUGCAAGUGGAAAAUGUUUGGACAAGAUAAACAUUUGUGACGGUAUAACGGACUGUCCAGAUGGUAGCGAUGAACUCGCAUGUGUUCAAGAUGAGAGUUGUGAUGCGCCAAACAACUUUGUAUGUCGGAGUGAUGGAAAAUGUAUACCAUCCUCUCUAAAGUGCGAUGGAGUUAUUGACUGUACAGAUGGUUCUGAUGAGAUGGGGUGUACGGAGUAUUUGACAAGAAGAAAGGCUAACACAACGUUGAUGAUCACUGCUAUCUCAGUUGGAGUGGUGUUAUCUUUGUUACUUAUAGUCCUAAUGUUCGCUUGUGGCCAGAAGUUGUACCUCAAUCAUUUUGAGCAGAGAGAACGGCUGAGAAAUCUCAGACUUGGAUCGUCUGGCGCUGACUACGUCGUGAGACUGUUGCCGGGAGAGGCCCCUUUUCAAGACACCCUACCUCCAUCAUAUCACGAUUCUAUGAUACCCGCUCCAGGGGAAGGACCGCCAGAGUAUGAACCAGAAAGUAGCUUAGAAAGAUUAUUAGACAUUGCGGAGUGCUCAGGUUACAUAUCUCCUCACUCAUCGAAAGAAACCCAAGACACUUGUUCAAGUAAUGUUAUGUCCGCGGAUAGUCCCGGACCGUCGUUAGAAGGGUCGAAAAUAGAAUCAGAUUUAGUGACUGUGGAUCAGAUUAAUGGAGAAGAAAUUGGAUGACCAAAUUCAGGAAGAGUUUUUAUUUGAAUAUUUAUUUUGGGUUUCGGUUUUUCUACAUUCUAAGAGUAAGACGUGGAGAUGGUUAUCGUUUUUCAAGCCUUCUCGUUUCAGUAGCUUAUUCAUUCGGUUUUUGCAAAUAAAAGUGACUUUCGGUCAAGAAUAGACAAAACAACGAAAUAAAUAUUUCAAUUUGAUCAUGAUGUACAUUUUGGCGAUUUAAUAUAAAAUUGUUUUCAUUUAAUGGGCAGAAGAAAGUUCAAGAAUUCUAGAUUUAUGGACUUCUGACUCUAACCAGGGUCAAUUGCUUACAAUUGCUUUAUAUUUGUUAGUCCAGUAACUGCAAUAAUCCCGUCGUCAGCACGGCUAGUCAUGUUGGAUGAUGAUUAAUCACUACACUCGACUAUCACGUGACCUACUUAACACGUUCUCUAAGUGCCCCUGUAUGACUAUUCAAAACCCUAACCCUUUACUCUGACCACAACCCUAACCCUAACCUAAUCCAUAAACUAGAGCAUAUGCUUAAACCCUAACCCGUACGAGAAAUUAUACCAACUUCCUUAUUUAGUCAUAUCACGUGAUCGUGACAGUUUCAGCAUUUUAACCCUAUUUCGUGUAUAUGUGGGGUGAUCCGGAAUCAGCGUUCAAAAAGACAUCGAUUAUCAAGUUGGUCUCUAUUCAUAAAUCAUGAACUUCUAUGAUCUAGUGUAGAAUAAUUCAGCACGCUCCAUUUAUGUUGGGUAAACGUUCUCAUUCUUGCGUUCAAAUAAAUAUAUUUGACUUGUAUUUCAAGUGCUUUUUUGUUGAAUUUUUAGUGGGGUAAUAUUUCGAUGUUCUAACGUUUUCUAGUUUACUACGUUAUAUUACAAUUUCAAAUUUAAGAUCUUUCAUUUUUAUACGAUUCCUUGAUCCCUGUGACUAUCAUGAUAUCAUAAUAUUAUUAUUAAGCUUUAGUUAUUAUUUAAUGUUUAAUGUUACAUUUGAUUUUGAUGUUACAUUAAACAUCAGUUACCAAUUUGUCACAAAUUCAUUUCCCUGUAAAAUUUGUUCAAAUUAAUUCAUAAUUGAUGUG